GGGUGGUUUGAUUCGAUGUGUCUCGUCGCUCGUCGGUUCUCCAAGAUGUGCUCCUCUCGCGGUGGUGGCGCGGACGCGUCGUGAUUACGCGCCCUCGGCACGUGGCCGGUAGCGUACGCGAUAGCUCUCAGUGGCCUUCGAUAUCCAAUUUAAAGAGGAGAGAGUCAGACGGAAUAUGACAUCGAGGAGACGUGGAGCUCCGGGGCGAUUCCGGACCCGGUAGCGGUCGUUCUACCGUUCUCUUUCGUCGUGAAUUUCAAUAGCGUCUCGAUAGACUGAGAGGGAGAGAGAGAGAGAGAGAGAGAGAGAGAGAGAGGAAAAAUGAACAAAGUUGUCCAAUGAUUUUAUAACUUGCGUCGUCGUCAUGCGAAACGUAGCACUGCUCUCUUACGUUUUACGAGGGAACACGUAGGAAGCGUGCUCUCGAGAAGGUAUCCGCGUAAGGAAGUACAUUUGGAAGGGGAUAAAGAGACGCGUGCAAUCGGCUGGCUGACGGAACUGACGCGACGCCGAGCGUCACCUCUAGCACGACGUCGUUGUUCACGCAUCGGAAUAGCCGAAAGCGUUUUCUUCGUUCGCUGUUUACCGAACAUUGUUUUCAAAACAAUGUUGUUGACGAUAUUACGUAUUAUAAGCGGACGUUCUCUAAAGAUUAAGCCUUAGGACGAAAUAAAAGGAUUUACGUGGAAUAAAGGUAUCACAAAAUCAAUUUCGUGCAAGUUCAACUAUAGUGCGCCAUUCAUCCCUACAGGAAUCGAACUUCCAUAAAAAUCUUUCUGGAGGACGUCGAAGUAUAUAAUACGUAGAGCGGGCAAUCUCGUAUCUCGAUUAACCAUUUCCGUAAUCGUCGGUGAUAUUAUCGGUGAAUAAGAGUGAAUACCAGGCAAGGAUUAUCGUGCCGAGCGGCGCGAUGCGGCGUCGCGUCGCUCAUCGGCACGCCGUUGGUGAUAGCCAAGAGGAAGUCGUCUCGACGACAAGUAGCGUCGUCAGUACGGCCGCUGAAGAAUGGACAACGAACGCGAUAAGAAGAGUCACGAUUACAGCUGUCAGUGCGCUCGUCGGCGUGGCGCGCGACGCCGACGUCGGCGUCGUCGUCGGUCGUCGCUGUUUACUUACCGCGUUCGCCAGACAAAUCGGGCGAGUCGCGCGGUGAUUCGCGUGUGAAGUGGAUUCGCGAUCGCCAGUUUGUUGGAUGGAAGACGACGACGACGAAGGUGGCGACGACGACGCGACGCGAGAUGCCUGGUAUCGUGGUAUUCCGACGACGCUGGAGCGUCGGCAGCGACGACCUCGUCGUGCCUGGCGCUUUCCUCUUCAUCCUGCAUCUCAUAUGGUUGACAGUGCUGGGCGUUCUACUGGGGAUUCUCGAGUGGGAUCGUAGCGAUACUUGUAUCCUUCUCCUGUGGGCGUAUGUGAUCGGGUAUGUGAUUCUUUUCGUGGUCUGCAUGGCGGUAGAAUUCUCCAUUUGCUGCCUGGCGACGAGGGGUAGCAUCCUAGAUACAGCAGCGAGGGCGCCAAUGCAGUACGUCCUUUACCUCCGACUGUUCUUGGUACUGGUGGAAACCGGAUGGCUGUGCGCAGGUGUUUCUUGGUUAGCGCAUUAUUAUCAAACUUGUCCAGUGGACCAAGCUAAGGACGUUAUGUUGGGUUUGGUAAUAUCGAACUGGUGCCUGCUCGCAUUGAUGAUGGUGACUAUCUGGUGCACGUACGAUGCCGCUGGCAGAUCCUGGGUGAAAAUGAAAAAGUAUCAGCGCAGUAUGAGGGAGGCGGAAUCGAGGGGUGCAAGAUUACAUUACAAGCGCAGCGGCAGCAGAAGUCGAAAUUGGCGACAACGAAAAGUCAUACGUGCCUACCAGGACAGCUGGGAUAAUAGAUGCAGAUUGCUGUUUUGCUGUAUGGGUAAUUCCGAUCGUAAUCGAAAUUCGUUUGCUGACAUUGCUCGAUUAUUGAGCGACUUCUUUCGCGACUUGGAUGUAGUGCCAUCGGAUGUGGUGGCUGGAUUGGUGUUGCUCAGGAAGUUUCAGAAGAUCGAGCGUGAGUUAAUAGUUAAGCAGCGCAAAAACGACACAUACGAGUUCCUUUCGGGAGUGCCGGUCACUCCACGCACAAAGUUCCUGUCUCUGACGGAGGACGGUGACCUAGGCCAUUUCCAGCUGGCUAUUCAUUACAUGCAUUUCGCCCUUGCUGCCUACGGUUGGCCCAUGUUUCUCGUCGAUUCCUCUACCGAUCUCUGCCAAUUAUGCACUAGAUUGCAAUGUUGCUGUUGCUUUCCGUGCGGUAAUCAUCAUGAGGACACGACGGUGAUCGUCGAGGAUAAUUGCUGCCGGUGCAAUUAUGCCGCUCUGAGUAGAAUGCUCGACUUGGGGGAGAUCGAAGUCGUCUAUGCAACCUUCCACGUCGACGUUGGAGAGACGCCGUUCUUCGUCGCGCUCGAUUACACUAAGAGAAAGAUCGUGAUCAGUAUACGAGGGACCUUAAGCAUGAAGGACGUGCUAACAGACUUGAACGCUGAGGGCGAGGUGCUGCCUUUGUCGCCACCAAGGGAGGACUGGCUCGGACACAAGGGAAUGGUGCAGGCCGCCGAAUAUAUACGCAAGAAACUACAGGAGGAGGAUAUUAUCGCGUGUGCUCGUGCAAAGAAUCCCUCCAGGGGUACACAUCAAUUCGGAUUGAUAUUGGUGGGUCACUCAUUGGGUGCUGGCACGGCUGCGAUCCUCGCAAUCUUGCUGAAACAGGAUUACCCGGAUCUAAUGUGCUUCUCAUUUGGGCCACCCGGUGGACUGUUGAGCAUGCCUGCCCAACAGUACACGCAGGAAUUCAUUACCUCCGUGGUGGUUGGCAAGGAUGUAGUACCGAGGAUCGGGCUCCGACAAAUGGAAAGUCUGAGGGCAGAUCUCAUCAACGCUAUAAAGAGAAGCGUUGAUCCUAAGUGGAAGACAAUAGCGUGUUCAGUGAUGUGCUGCGGCUGCGGCUCGACACCCACGUCCGCGGCCAACCUGGAGGCCGGUGGUUGUAUCAGCGAAUAUCAACGAGACAAGGACCGGGCUCGCGCUCAGACCAUCGUGCCCAGCGAUUCUAGCAUCGCUCUGACCCUGCACAGGCCCCUAUAUCCUCCAGGACGAAUCAUACACGUGGUGCGACAUCAUCCAAACAAGGGCGAGCAGAAGUAUGAAACGCGUUGGAGACAAGUGUUGAGCAAGCGUGAACCGGUGUAUCAGGCAUUGUGGGCUGGUCCAUGCGAUUUCGACGAAGUGCUGAUCAGCCCGGUGAUGAUACAGGACCACAUGCCGGACAACAUGCUGCGUGCGCUGAACAAGGUAAGACAGGACGCAAACAUCGUGCGGCAGCAAAUAAGGCGGUCGCAGGCACCGCUGAGCCGAACCCCGUCGGUGAAGCCGGGCCAUUACGAGCCCUUAGAAGAAACCGCCGACGGGCCCGACGUCCCCAACGAGAUGGUCCAGCGGGAUCGGGUUGUGACGACUCUGGGCCCGGCGAAGCCGCAACGACUAGUGUCCGGGCACGCGUCUUCGACGGAAGCAUCGUCGACGGAGGCACGGGAGCAUCAGACGAUCGAGGUCCAGGAGUUGGAGUUGCAGGAGCAGGAAAUGCGAGCACUGCUGUCGCCAUCCAGUCCGACUAGAUGUCAUCAACUGGUCAAUCUAGCCGGCACGCCACCGCAUCGGCUCUGUCUGGAAACGAGUUUCACGUCGUUGCAGAGCCCGACGGACCUACCGCUUGCCGGCCGUGAGCUCAGUGUGGACUCUCGGGGCAUUCCGUGGGAAUACGUCAGCCUCGCCAGCGAGUUGCUCAACACACCUAGGCCGGAAGACGGCAAACCAAUUAUCAGGACAAGACGGACUAGCCAAUCGAAGAAGAGGAGAUCGAUAGCAGCGAUAGAAGUGAUGACGUUUAACUCUGACCAUCGAAGACUGAAUCGUUGGGACCCAACACGUACGGCACCCCUGGCUACACCGGAAACGCUGUCGGAAGCGUCGACGAGCAGUCCACCGUCGCCGGUGGUUCCGGCACCCAGACCGAUGCGACGCACCCCCAAGAUCCCGGGAAACUUGUCGACGGCGGCGGACGACCUGAAGAAUAAUCUGCACUAUGCGAUGCUCUCGGCAAAGAACUAUUUCCUAAGGACGACAGGGGAGCACGCAGGGAGCAGUAAUAACGGCAGCAGCAGCGGCAAUAGCGAGGCGAGUUACGAGAGCGCCAAAAGUCUGGCUGCUGCUGGUCUUCCGCCGCCAGUCCCUAGACGACGGGACUCCGUUACUAUUAGAAGAGAACAACGGACAUGCACAGCAGCGUAUUGCAGGGACGAUUUAUCGGAAAACUCAUCUACCCACACAUCUUCGCAAUCUUCGAGAGUAUCCCACACUUCGCAUCGUGUCCAAGUGGAGUUCAACGAGGAAGAGAAUGACACCAACGGUUCUAGCUUGGACUUUUACGAAGCGAAAAGUUCCUCCGGCCAGCGCGAUAGCAGCAACGAUGUGUUUCUCAGCGUGCGUAGUUCACCAGAGUGCAAAGGACUUAUGGCGCCAGCCACAGAUCUAGGUGCUGAAUGGAAAAAAGGAAUCGAUGCAGGCAUGAGUGGUGACGCCUCGUUACCGCUUCUCCGAGGCUUGUCGCCGACACCGACUUCCGGUCAACACAGUUCGCCAUUCUUUAACACUAAGAGGAAAAAGUAUGUGUAUCCCAUCACGCUAGUGGGACGAGGAGAAAGCAGUGUUUAGUUAUAGAUUCUAGAUGAUUCUGAAGAUCACUGUUAGUGAUUGUGAAGACUUUCUUCACUUGACAAAAGAAUCAAUUGGAGUAAAAGGAAUAAAAUAAUGGUUACUUUGUGUGACUUGUGUGUGAUUUGACUCUUUUUAGUUUUGACUAGAAGGAAUAUUUAUCGCGAAAGAACUGUAGUUUUACGAAUUGAAAUAAAAUCAUUCGAGGACCAUGAGGCACGAUAAUAAUAGGUCAGAAGUAGACGUUUGGAUGUGUGCCAAAUUCUUCUUUCCUAACUUGCUCUUCUUUCUUAAUCUAUGAAUUUCUCAGGUAAUUAAAUUAAACGACAGUUCAAAAGACACGCAAAAAAA